AUGGUUCGCUCGUCAGAACGAAGUCUAGCCAGUCUGGCAAGCGCGAGCACGCUACUUCUGUUCACUCCCGCGAUUACACCUGCGGGUAAGGCAACCAAUAAAAGCGGAGAGAAGAAUGUCGACCCCUUCGAAACGCUUGGACGAGCACUGAGCCGCUACCAUAAGCGUAUCCGCCACGUGCCAUACGUACCCAAGAUCGGUUUCACAGAAACACACGAGGCAUUCCUCGGUCAGGCCGAUGCCCUCGUGGUCGUCAUCUGCGAACCUGAGCACGCCAAGCACGAGUGUCUUGGCAACCAGGGCGACUUCGCUGGUGCGGCUCACGAGGCCAUGGACAACAUCUCGUUCAGUGGACAUCUACCAAUAUUCCUCGUCCGCUGCGGCGAUUCCAAAGGCAACUUCUGGCCGGACUUGACCAAUUUCGACAAUGUCAUGAAGUGCAGCACCUAUGACCCUGAGAUGGCCAAACAGGUUGCGCGGAAGCUCUUCGAAGCGAAGUAG